ACCCAAUCGUCCGCUCCACGUUUACGACGACGUCAACUGGCACCUGCGAACUACAACAACAAUAUUAUACUGUCAAGGACACUACAGGAUAAAGCACUACAGUUACAGCUUCAAAAGCCAUAUAUGUCCGAUAUCCGAUACCAGAUCCCUUACCACUAGUCCAUAUAUACAGAAAUUUUCGGAGACAGCCAUAUUUAUUAUCCCCAACAUUUCUGUCACACGCAAAGUUCACGACGAACUACACCCUAUCCACAAUCUUGAAGGAUCAGUUGGUGAUGCACUGCAUUGCUUUGAUCGCAGAACCAACAGGUGAAGGCUGAGUUGUUAGUAACUGACACUGUUCUCGUCAUUACCAUUAUUGCCUACCAGCCAAAACCGACCUGGAAGAUGUCGAUCCCACGAAUUUCGACGUCGAUAAGUUCUAUGGCACAUCCAGCAGGCAUAUGGAUUGAGCUGGGUGAGGGACCGAACAGAGGAGAUCAGACAGACGGCGAAAGCUCUCGUUCUCCGAGCAUAGGGGCGCAUGGCAUGUCCCUGGAACUGCCAAGUGCCCUCCCAUCCGCUGUGCCCUCCUCUGUCCCUUUGGUCGGCCCAGCAGAUGACUACCUCUCCAUUGACCGGCAAGCGUUCGUCCAAGCCCUCAGCGAAACGCAGGAUAACACCGAGACAAACGGUGAGACUCUGCCUGACCCUAUGCUUGAGCUGGGGCACAUGAGGAGUAGACGUCUUGGGAGCACCACCAGUCAUCACUCGUUGCACAUAGGCCUGCCAAAUGAAGCCGGAAGCCCGACGGCACCCAUUUCGCAGGGGGUACCGCCCGAGUUGGCCAACUUUGUUGCGGAGAUCAUUUUUAUCCUCGUUUGCACGGCAGGUCAGGUCAUAUUUUCCUUAACCCUAGGCCAUGUUAUAGUAACGCAGACUGCGUUGCGGGACGCACUGGGCAUUCCAGCGACACAAGCACCGUGGCUAAUCGGAUCAUCUCUACUUGCCAGUGGUUUGUCUGUCAUCAUUGCCGGCUCCUUUGCUGACCUCGCACCACCCAAGCCAUUAAUCGUGGGGGCCUUUGUCUGGGAGGCCGUGUGGAACGCAGUGGCUGUUGGAGUCAUCAAACCCGAGUUGAAGAUUGUCUUCUUCGUUGCGAGGGCCAUGCAAGGUCUAGCUGUCGGCGUCCUUGUUUCGGCUUCAAUGAGCAUUUUAGGCCGAAUUUACCAACCUGGAAUUCGCAAAACGAGGGUCUUCUCACUUAUGGCUGCCGGAGCACCCCUUGGUUUCUGGAUUGGCUGCGUGCAAGGGGGUGCGCUGAGUUCUCACCUCCCAUGGAUCUUUGGCAGCACUUCCAUCUUGCUAGGUCUCUGUGCCUUGGCUGCCCAGUUCACCAUCCCCCCCUUGAGCCCUGCCAAGGAUAGCGCGGAUGCGGAUGCUCCCACGCUACGCCAGUUCGAUUGGUUAGGCGCAGGCCUCUCGUCUGGGGGUUCUGGUCUGAUUCUUUCUGGGCUCACACAGGGAUCAUCCGCUCACUGGAAUCCGUAUACUUACUCCUUAAUAAUCCUGGGUUUUGCAUGCUUUGCCGCAUUCUACUUCGUAGAGUGCCGGGUCGCGCGCCCCCUGAUACCUAAUGGUCUCUGGAAAACGCCCGGGUUUUCUGCGUUGCUGGUUGCGUAUUUUCUUGGAUUUGGAGCUUACAGCGGCUCCUGGCAGUUCUAUGCGAUUCAAUUUUGGCAACGAUACCAGGGGGCUACCCCCCUCACCAUCUCACUAUAUAUCUUGCCCAACGCCAUUGUCGGUGUAUUCGCGGCUUGGCUUGUAUCUAAGACACUACAUAUCUUCGACACACAUUGGAUUCUUACAGCGAGCAUGGUAUGCUUUGCUCUGGGCCCUGCCUUCUUCCUCCCGCAAACGCCGACCACUCCAUACUGGGCCCUCUCCAUGCCCGGCGUUGCACUGGCAACUUUCGGCCCUGAUUUGAGCUUCGCGGCGGCGGCGAUUUUCAUUACGUCUAGCGUACCCAGAUCCUACCAGGGCUCGGCGGGUAGCUUGUUGGUGACGGUGCAGAAUCUGACGUCGGCCAUCAUGAACUCGCUGUCCGACUCCAUUGGAGUCAAGGUCGACCAGCUGCCUACCGGCGAAGUCGGACUCGACGGCAUCAAGGCCAUAUGGUGGUUCGGGCUGGCUUCCGCUUUAACGGGCGCUCUUAUAACCGGUACGAUGGUGAGAAUUCCGAAGGCAGAGGAGAAGGAACAUGUGUAUUAAGGGAAAAUUACAAGCGUGUUCAGAUUGCGCGAUUUAUCCAGUUGAAAUUGCAACCGGGCGGUGUAAGCUCACGAGAAUACGCGUUCUGGCUGAAUACAACCAGGCAAUUUGGGCUAUGACUUCGUAUGAUGACAAUUUGUCAGUGUGUUGAUGACUUACUUAUCAAUACACUUCGGGUGGAAAUCAGGGCAGAAACCGAAUUAUCAAAGACUUUAAGUUAAAACGUCUAACGUCCAGGUGUCUUCUAUUGUAUCGACAUCCAUUGAGAGGAGUCUGUGAAAUUUUGGUCGAUGUCGGAUAUGGAUAUACACACUGGCACAAUAAGGAUCAUCUCUGUGGCUCUUGUGGUGAAGCCGAAUACUAUUGCAUUGACGCGAAUUUCCU